AUGGACGGAGGAGCGUCGUCGGAGAUGGAAGUCGAGGUGCCAAAUCGUCAACUUCCGGAUUCUUCUUCGCCUCAACCCGUCAAGAAAUUUGGCCUCAAAAACUCUAUUCCGACCAACUUCGGCUCUGACUACGUCUUCCAGAUUGUUCCCAAAGUCGAUUGGACAGCAAUCGCGGUGUCGCUAUCCACCAACACCGUGAAGCUUUACUCGCCGGUGACUGGUCAAUACUACGGCGAGUGUAAAGGUCACUCGGAUACAGUCAAUCAAAUUGCGUUUUCGUCGGACUCGGCGGCGUCUCCUCACGUUCUGCACUCUUGCUCCUCCGAUGGCACAAUCAGAUCUUGGGACACGCGUUGUUUCCAGCAGAUUUUGUGUAUUGAUGCUGAGAAUGACCAAAAGAUUUUUAGCUUCUCCCAUGGAGGUGCUGGAGACAAUCUUUUGGCUGGUGCUUGCAAUGAGCAGGUUCUUGUGUGGGACUGGAGAAACUCAAAGCAAGUUGCUUGUUUAGAGGAAUCCCACAUGGACGACGUCACUCAGGUACACUUUGCUCCUAACAAUCGGAACAAGCUUCUUUCAGCUUCUGUGGAUGGAUUGAUAUGUGUAUUCAACACUGAAGGUGAUAUCAAUGAUGAUGAUCAUCUCGAAUCUGUGAUCAACGUGGGAACUUCGAUUGGGAAAAUAGGCUUCCUCGGAGACUCCUAUCAGAAACUCUGGUGUCUCUCUCAUAUAGAAACUCUAAGUAUUUGGAAUUGGCAAGAUGGAAGCUGUGAAGUGAACCUAGAGAAUGCUCGGGAACUCGCAUCUGAUAGUUGGACUCAAGAUAAUGUUGAUUAUUUUGUUGAUUGCCAUUGUCCAGGAGGUGAAGACUUAUGGGUGGUCGGUGGAACCUGCGCAGGCACCAUCGGUUAUUUUCCGGUGGACUAUAAAAGGCCUGGCUCAAUUGGUUCCGCUGAAGCUAUUCUUGGUGGCGGUCAUAUUGAUGUAGUCAGGAGCGUUCUGCAGAUGCCAUGCGAGUAUGGAGGAGCUGCUGGGUUAUUCGGAUGGACCGGCGGUGAAGAUGGACGGUUAUGCUGCUGGAAGUCCGAUGAGAACUCUGCUCAGAUCAACCGGUCUUGGACUUCAAGCGAGUUGGUCGUUAAGCCGUCAAAGAACCGCAAGAAAAACAGACACUCUCCGUAUUAG